ACUAUCGGCCAAUGAAGUCGGUGCGAUUCUAAACAUACCAUUUGUAGACUUCCGUUUUGUUGCUACCUACGCGAAUGGGGACAGACUCCGGCGUAUCAUUGCUCAGUUUUCAGGAACAGGUCAUGGUUUUAGAUUCUAAUGAUUUUAGCGGUAGACUAGAUUGGUAUUGAACAUGGCCACAGAGGCAGCCAGUGAAACGCUCAAACAACAGUUUCUACUUUUACAAGAACAACAACAACAGAAGUUACUGAGACGUAAACAGAGAAAAGAAGAAAAAGAAAAAUCAAGUCUCACAAGCAGAACAAGUACACGGACAUCGACGACUUUUGGAAUUGAUGAUAAUUUAGAUCUCAAGUUAACAGACCCUGCUCCCACUUCUAGUUUUAUCUCGGAGGAACUUGUGAACCAUCUUAAUGACCAGAUUAGAGAACUAAAGGAUGAGAAUGCAAGGGUUUACAAGCUUUUGAGUGAAAAAGACUUCGAAGUUCGUCAAAUAAAAAAGAAAAAUGAAAAUCAAGCUAGAGUUGCAGGUGCUGUCACCAAUGAAACAGCAGCCACGAAAAUAGUGGAGUUAUCCAAAAAAAUCCGAGAUCUGAAUGCUGACCUAGAAUCUGAAAGAACAAAAGCCAGGCAGUAUGGCAAAAAAUGCAUGGAUCUGCAAACCCAGCUGAAUAAGGUCCCUGAGGAUACCCGGUCAAUGAUCGCUUCAGCAACCAGUCGAACUAUGUUAGAUGAUAAGCAAGAUGAAAAUGUGGAUGUGAAAUCUUUACAAGACAAACUAAAAUAUGCAGAAAACAAAAUGGCUGAUUACAGAAACCAGACCUCUUUAUUAAAACAAGAACUCAAAAUGGCUCACAAGGUGCUAAGCCAGGAGGUUGGAGAGAAUGUCAAUAUUCAGUCCAUACUCAACAAUCAGAGCAGUUGGAAAGGAAGGGCUCAGCAAAUCAUGAUGCUGCAAAAGAAGGUGGAUGAAUUGAAAGCAGAAAUUGGAACUAAGAAGCCCCAAAAAGAGAAGGAAUAUGACUUGGAGGCCGAGAUGUUGGGGACAGGAAACAGCUCCGCCAGGCAGAGGACAGCCAUUGAAAAACAUAGAGAACAACUGAGGAAAAUAGAGAAAGAAAGGAAAGAAUCUCAGGAGAAAGCUACCAACGAGUUCAAGGCAUUAGAGGAGGAGCAUGCUGCUCUAAAGAAGAAAUUUGAUGCUGCCAGAACAAGAAAUAGUGUGCUAGCCAAUCAGAACAAGGGCUUCAAGGAGCAAAUGAAGACACUGAUGGAUAAAGGACACCAUGACGAUGAGCUUAUCGAGGCUUUAAUGAAGCAACAGAGUCAUUUACAGCAUUUGUUGGAGCAGACUACCACUCAACAGAAAGAAACCUCCCAGAAAUCCCAGCAUGAAAUCAAGCAAAUGUCCAUGAAAACCCAACAGGACAAUAACGUGGUGGAACAACUCAAGGCCAUCGUGGCUGAAAAGGAGGCUAAAGUUCACCGCUUGGAGGACGAGAUUCAACAACUCAAGCUCAAUCAUUUGCAACGUGCACAGUUAGAUUCAGCAAACAUGCUGUUUCAACCAGCAAGCCAAAGGCCACCUUCUGCUGCCCAGACUACCCAAAGAGAUUCCAGACCUGCCUCAUCAGCUCAACCCGUCCAACAGGAUUACCGACCUGGAACAGCAGAGAGCGGAGACAUCCAGCUGGAUUUCCAACUGGAUUCAAACACACCCUCAGCUUCCAGGAUGAGUGAUCAACCUCCAGUGAUAACCAGUGCAAUGGACAGGUGCCCCUCUGUCAGUAGCACAGUAGACACGGCGCGAGCACCACCCAGAAAAACGGACAAUAAUACUGAGGAGGCAACACGGGGGGCCUCCAGGAGAGGUGCAAUCAGAACACCUUCAUUUCACGUGAAUAACAUAGAUAAACAAGCCAUGACUGAACUUCAGGCUCAGUGUCAAGAGUACAAGACAAUGUUCCAGGUGGCCCAGGUGGAGAGGGACAAACUUUCUGAACUAGUCCAGCUAUUACAAAACAGGAAUGAGGAAGCCUCUCAAAAGUAUGUCGAGUGUCAGAAUGAACUAGUCCAACAAAGACGCAAAAAUGCCAUGCUGGAAAAACAGGUUGGCAAAAAUAAAAUUGAACAAACUGGAUCAAAAGGAGGUACAUCUGGUGUCGGGAAGAAACGAACAGGUGGAGUUAGAACCAGUAGCACGACAAAUGUAUCUGUGUCAGCCAGUUUUUCAGCAGGUCUAACAAAUGAAGAGAAUGAAUAUGAAGACUAUGAGGAAAUAAAAACAAAUUUGGAGAUUCAGAGAGAUGAAAAUGAGGCUCUAAAGGCAGCUUUACAAAGCACUCUCAAAGCUAAGGAAGAAGAUCUCCGUAUGUUUGGAGAAAUGAUGGAUGAAACUAAGCAUGUGUUUUUACAGGCACUCAGACAAUACAAACAAAAUGCUCAAGGAUCGUAGCUAAACUAGACAUAGUUUUACUUAUUGACAUUGUUAAAUGUGUUGACAUUUGAGGCUGUGCUCAUGUUGUUUCUAUUAGUUACAUGUAAAUCUACUGCAAACUCGUGAUUUUUAUACACUGUACAUCUAGCUAGCUAUCACGAAACUUUUACAGUAUACAGGGAAAUAUUCGCCCCCCGUUUUAUUUUCGCGCUGUUCGCCCUUAUCAGUGCACAAAUUUAAGACUGGGCAAAACAGUUUUUUCUCUUAUCUCUCUUUUAACACAACUGUGUCUAGGCGGAAUAAGAAAUGAGGCAAAACCAUUUACAUGUGUAGAAAGAUGAGAAUAACAACCCUGUAUACAUUAUCUUCUUGCAGGAAGUUGGAGAAACAGUAUUCACAUAUAUUUCUGUGCAUUUUUGUAUGCAUCUGAAAAAAUAAUCGAAACUACAUGUAUAAAGAAUUAUAGAUAAUACCAUCUGACCUUUCAGUCUCAUUCUUGCCAUAGAGAUAUAAUAUGUGCUUAAAAGAGAAAGAAAGGUCAAAGACAGUGGGAAACUAUUUGAACAGAAGGCACUGCAUAAUGAUGUCAAAGGUCAAGGUCAACAGUAAGCUGUACAAAGGUGUGGACAUCACAUGAAAGAUUAAGAAUACUGUUUGAAAAAUAUGGUCAAAAGUUUCACAUUGUGUUCACACAUUAAAAUUUUAUUGUACAGUUAACAAUAGGUUUCUCACAAUCUUCCUCAUUUCAAGUGAGCAAACCUCAAGAUUUUUAUGUCCAUAAGUCAAGAAUCCAUCUCUUUUAUUUUCGAAGGCCCGUCUCAUUCCGUGAUGGCCAUAAUGAAUACCAUAUGGAUUAAUCAAUGUCUUGGAAAUGAGUUUGUGUAUAUUGCAUUCAAAUUAUUUAUGUCAUGAAUUCCUUACAAGAUUAAAAGUGAUUUUAGA